AGACUCAGUAGCAGUAGCAGAAGAAGGCGACGAAGAAGAAUGACGAGAAUGCUAAACGGAAAAUAGAGGGGACGGAACACUGUGUGGUGAACGUUAAAUUAACGCCGUUACCUCAAAGUAUUGCCAUUGAACAUAGCUGCAUUACAUUAUCUAAACUAUGACAGAGCCUCAGUCAGCGCUGUUACUCAGGAGACAGCUUGCAGAGCUGAACAAAAAUCCAGUGGAGGGAUUCUCAGCAGGACUCAUAGAGGAUAAUGAUCUCUACAGAUGGGAAGUCCUUAUCAUAGGACCUCCAGACACACUGUAUGAAGGUGGUGUGUUUAAAGCUCAUCUGACAUUUCCCAAAGACUACCCUCUCAGGCCACCUAAAAUGAAAUUUAUCACAGAUAUUUGGCACCCUAAUGUUGACAAGAAUGGAGAUGUAUGUAUUUCUAUUUUGCACGAGCCUGGGGAGGACAAGUAUGGCUACGAGAAGCCAGAAGAGCGCUGGCUGCCGAUCCACACAGUGGAAACCAUCAUGAUUAGUGUUAUCUCUAUGCUGGCAGACCCAAAUGGUGACUCACCAGCAAAUGUGGAUGCUGCAAAAGAGUGGAGGGAGGACAGACAUGGUGCAUUCAAAAGGAAAGUUGCCCGUUGUGUACGAAAAAGCCAAGAAACUGCGUUUGAGUGAUGUUUAGCAAAGAUCUAGCUUCAUAUUUUCAGGGUCUCCAAUUGAAAAUCAACAUGGCACUGUUUUCCUGCACUCUUCCACCCCGUCGUCAGGCUUGUUCUCCUUUAUUUUGGCGGGAACAGGCAGGCUACUGUAGGCUGCAAUAGAACAUAACAGUGACUACCAAGGCUGACAGAAAACCGCCAAGCAAGUGCCAACUCAAAAAAAAAAAUAAAUAAAACAACCCCAGAAGAUGAUAAAACAUUUUUCAAGUCUAUGAACUGCUUCAACAUUCAGGAAGAUAUUGUAAAGACAUGUAUAUAGCACAGACUAAACCGGAUAAUAUAUAAGCUCCCUUUCCAUCCAUCAAGGCAUGUAGACCAAAUGAGUAGCUCUGGUUCAGAUAGAUAUAUUUUUGUCCAUUUUCCCCUUCUUGACUCCAGCAUGCAUUCGUUCUCUUUAGAUUGUUUUAACAGGUCUUAAAUAGAAAGAGAAUUGUAAUGCUGUUGGAUGAAUAUCAAGAGCUUGAUUGAUUCAAGCGAGGCGUGAAUGACGUGACUGAUGAAGGGUUUUCCCGAGGAAUACCGCCAUAUUAGAAUACACAGCCGUUGUGGGUUCUUCGGCAUUCUCAGAACUCGCCAUCAUGACGUGUCCCUGAAUGAUUUUGUUUUUCUUUGUCAGUUACAAGUCUUACCAUCCUGCUCAGUUGACUUAUGAAAGGCAACACGACCCUUAAUUUUUGUGCACGCAAAGUUUUGUUGAUCCUUUUUCAAAAGUGCCUCCUAAUAAAAUGCCUGGCCACUUCACGCUGCAUUGAACAAGUGUUAAAAAAAUGUUUUUAAAAAAAUUGAGAAAUUGUGUACUGCCUAUGUGUGAAUUUAAUUAAUAGCCAGCACACAGGGAAUCUGUAUUAUUAGAAUAUUGGUAACAAUUUGGUGUAGCAAUAACUCCCCCAGUAUGAAGUGUACACAUGUUAAUGUUUGAUAUCCUGAUACAGUUUGAGGUCCUCUUCUCCAAUAUUCAGUUAUUUUACCAACCUCUCUUUUCCUCGUCUGUGUUGUCCUCAGUAGGAAUUGUUAUGCAUGCUUUAUGGUAUUUUUGUUUUGUUUUUUGCUGAAUGUUUCCGGGGUUUUGUUUGCGAAUGUUUGUGUGUUUGUGUAUACAAGUAUGUGCGCCCCUUUUGUUGCUCUUUCCCCGAUCCACAAUCUCAUGAUUUUUCUGCUCAAUGAACUAUUGCAGAUUUGCCUAAUGUACAAAGACAAAAUACUGAUGUAUAUUUUUCAUGUUAUGAAACCUGUCACCUGUAGUGAGUUCUUCUAAAAUAAGACUUUUUUUCAAUA